CACCGCCCGCAAGACUCCACACGCGUCGGCCGAACAAGAAACAAACAAACACUUCUUCGUGGACACCGAACAAGAAAGCCCCACAAAAAAUGGUAAAGACAGCCGCAGGUGGAUCCGCUUUAGCCGUUCAUUACACCAAGAAGAAGAGGCGGUCGGCGCCGGAGCGCCGCCGCUCUUUUAAGAAGAAAGUGUUUGAUUAUCUCUUCUCCGAUGACUAUAUGUUUGCGCCCUUGCUUUCCUUGCAAUCCUCAAUAGUCUCCUCAUCUUCAUCCGCAGGAAUUGAGGAACCACUUGCAAUGGAAAAAGAAGAGGAGGAUUUUGUGGAGAAAGUUGGUGAUUAUAUGAGAUCAGAUUGCUACUUAUACUCUCCAAUGGUCAUCACUCAACCUUGGCUUGCAUCAUCUGUUCAAUGUCAACCCCCAGCUACAAAAACAGAGUUGCAUCAUAUCCUUGAAAAGAAAGACAUGGCCGAAACCGGGGAGUUGUUAAAAGAAGGCGAUCAAACUGAUCAUCCUGUUGAGAAGAUUAGUAUUGGUGUUUUUAACAAGGACCAGAACACCGAUAGCUGUCAUCCUUUUGAUUUAAGCCGCACUCGCAUCAAAAGUACCAGCUUACGGCAAGAAACAGUUAAGCACGUGAUAUUCCAACACUCCCGUCCGUUAACCCCGUGACAGAAGAGUGUUCUUUGGACCAUGAAAGAGUCGUGGGAGCUGAGUUAUUUCAUCUUGAGCCAAAAAGGCAACCAUCAUUCCGCUUGGUGUUCUGUAUCAAGAAUUCCAAGUAAUCCUUUUAUUUCAUCUUAUUAUUCGUGCUCAUUUCGUGUAAUUUGAAUUUUGUUUGAUCCCCUCUAAUUUCAACAUAUAAUUUAAUCUGUUGUUAUUUUGGGAUCCUAAUGUUAUUAUGACAAGGUCUAUUGUUCUUUCGAGGUUUGUUUCUGAUUGAAUAAAUUGAUGUUAAGUUGGACUCUUGGUAAUUAACCUAUGACAAGGUUACAUUCCCGCCGUUACAAUCUAUAAAGAUUUAUUCCGGG